AUGAAGCUAAGCGAGUCAAGAGGCGAAGCAGAGAAGCACAGGCGACAAAAACAUUUAAAAAUGAUCUCGUCGUUAACAUAUAUGGGAGGCGCAGACAAGGCUGGAGCAAGCCCAUAUGGAGAAGAGGAAGAUAAGGAGGAAGAAGGCAUCAUAGUCAUCACACUCUCUGGAUCGAACCCAGGAGCCACCAUGAAGACCGAGCUCCACAUGAAAGACUUACACAUAUCGAAUAGAAUCUAUUCGACCAAUUCAUUCGCGAAACAUUGA